AUGUCCAUUUCCACUAAAUACGAUCGUGAUAGUAUUAUUAAAGAUUUACAAAUGGAGAUUUCGCCUUUACGUUUACAACUCGAACCACUUUUAUUGCAAGCUUACAAGUCUGACGAUGAAGCAAUAACACUAUAUACAGAAUUCACUCAGUAUGGUUUGGCUGUAGCAGUAAUGGAAUCGAUGAAUGGCGUCACUGACGGUGAAAAUAUUUUUCGAGGUAAUACAUCACGAGCACGCAAAUUAAAUGAAUCACAACAAUUUCUUUUGGUGAUGAAGAAACUAAAACUUGAUGUUCCAUUCAUUGAUCUAACAAAACAUUUUGGUGUGAGUGAAAGUACGCAAUCGCCUUAUUUUGAAACGAUGAAGAAAAAUUUUCAUGCAUCGUUUACCGAUAUCAGAAAUCCGGUUAUGAUUAUCGAUACCUAUCCUAUUUAUAUACACAAAACAGGUAAUUUGAAUUUACGAUGUCAAACGUAUAAUCCUUAUUACGCUAAGAAUGUCCUCAAAGGAAUCGUAGGUAUUGCUCCAGCGCGUGAUCUUCCUGUCACAUUUAUCACGAAUUCCGGUUGUAUCGUUUUCGUAUUAUUAUGUUCAGUAGCUGUUGAAAGCAAAUUCUGCACAUAUCAACGUGAACAAAGUGAAGUUGUAAGGUUGGAAUAUGUUAAGGAUGCUUGGAAUGUUUAUUAUUUCAGUAGAAAAGUUGAUGGUGAAAAACUUAAUUCAUUCAAUGGGAUUGACAACGGUUAUGCUAAGGAUGCCUGGAAUGUCUAUUAUAUGGACCGAACAGUUAAUGGCGCAAAAGCUAACUUAUUUGAAUGGCUGAGUGAUGAUUAUGGAAAAGAGAUCGUUCUGGAUUGA